CAAGCAACUUGUACGGAUCCAAGAUUCCAGGCUUUAUUUGUCACGUGUGCAUUCAUACAAAGGUGCAGUGAAAGUGAAAGCUUUCCAGACUUCAGUCAUCGGAAAAAUCCAUUGGGAUCCUUCUGCACCACCAGGUGUCGAUGUCCUGCAGGCUGGGAAGUGCUGACCUGCUGACCUGGUGAUUCGCUCUGAGACGAUUUAAGGCUGUACUCUGACGGAGGAGACAUGAUCUCUACAACGAGGUUGUCUGGCAUACAGGACACGAGGACAAUCAAGAGUCUGAUUCAGGGUGAAAGAUCAGACUCACCUGAACCCAGCUGUGUGUCCAUGAUGAGUGACAGAUCAAUGACUUGUCCAGUAAAAGUGCGAGAUUCUUCUGAUGAUCUGAGUCUGAUUCAGGGUAAAAGAUCAGACUCACCUGAACCCAGCUGUGUGUCUAUGAAGAGUGACAGAUCAAUGACUUGUCCAGUAAAAGUGCAAGAUUCUUCUGAUGAUCUGAGCUGUGUGUCAAUGAAGAGUGCCUGGUCAAUGCACCUUCCAGUGAUCUUCAGACAGGAAGACUCUUCUACUGAUCUUGGAACCAAAAAGGAGACUAAGACAUCCAAAAACAUCUGCCUAAACACUUUGGAGUCCAUAUUUAAGGAGCUGGAGCAUAAAGCCAUCACUCUGUUAAAAAAUGAGUUGAAGAAGUUCAAGAAGCUGCUUAGUCCAGAUUACCCAGCAUGCUCUGAAAUGGACAUGGAGGACAAGGAGGAUCUUAGCUGUGUGAGAGACGGAGCACUGAAGAUAACACUGCACAUCCUGAACAACAUGGCCCAGCCAGACCUCGCUGUUACACUGCAAACCCGGAUUAUUUAUGCAAGGCAUAAAAAACACAAAUCCAAACUGAUAGAGAAAUUUAAAAGAAUUAAUGAAGGAAUCUCACAGUAUGGAAGCUUGACCCUGUUGAAUGAGAUCUACACAGAGCUUUACAUCACAGAGGAUUGGAGUGGAGACAUCAGUAAUGAACAUGAGGUGAGACAGAUUGAGGCAGCAUCCAGGAGACCAGCAACACAGGAGAAACCCAUCAAAUGUAAUGACCUCUUUAAAAACAAGUCCAUCAGAACUGUGCUAACUAAAGGAGUUGCUGGAAUUGGAAAAACAGUCUCUGUGCACAAGUUCAUUCUGGACUGGGCUGAAGGAAAAGCAAAUCAGGACGUCUUCUUCAUGUUUCCUCUUCCCUUUAGGGAGCUGAAUUUGGUGAAUCAGGAAAAUCUCAGUCUGCUAAAUCUUCUUUACUACUUUUUUCCAGAAACUAAAAAUUUAAUAGACAUUAAUAACCACAAACUCCUGUUCAUCUUUGAUGGUCUGGAUGAGUGUCGACUUCCUCUAAAUUUCCAGAACAAUAAGAGAUUGAGUGAUGUGACAGAGCCAGCCUCAGUGGAUGUGCUGCUGACGAACCUCAUCAAGGGGAAUCUGCUUCCCUCUGCUCUCCUCUGGAUAACCUCUCGACCAGGAGCAGCCAAUCAGAUCCCUCCUGAGUGUGUAGACCAGGUAACAGAGGUACGAGGGUUCAGUGAUCCUCAGAAAGAGGAGUACUUCAGGAAGAGGAUCAGCGAUCAGAGCCUGGCCAAUAACAUCAUCAGACAAAUGAAGUCUUCAAGAAGCCUCUACAUCAUGUGCCACAUCCCAGUCUUCUGCUGGAUUUCAGCCACUGUUCUAGAGAGAAUGUUGGGUGAAGCAGAGAGUGGAGAGAUCCCCAAGACUCUGACUCAAAUGUUCACACACUUCCUGAUCUUUCAGAUCAAACGCAAGGAUCAAAAGUACCAUCAGAAAUGUGACCCUGAUCCUCAGCAGACCAGAGAGAGUAUCCUGGCACUGGGAAAACUGGCUUUCCAACAGCUGGAGAAAGGAAACCUGAUCUUCUAUGAGGAAGACCUGAGAGAGUGUGGCAUCGAUGUCAGAGAAGCGACAGUGUACUCAGGAGUGUGUACCCAAGUCUUCAGAGAGGAGUUUGGGCUUCACCUGGGGAAGGUGUUCAGCUUUGUACAUCUGAGUGUUCAGGAGUUUCUAGCUGCUUUAUACUCAUUUCUCACCUUUGUCAACAAAAAUGUAACAAGACAACCAAGCACUGAUCUGUCUGAUCUUUUAAACACAUCAAACAUGUCUGAUUUCCUCAGGAGUGCAGUGGACAAGGCCUUACAGAGUGAGAAUGGACACCUGAACCUGUUCCUCCGCUUCCUUCUGGGUCUCUCACUGGAGUCCAAUCAGACUCUCUUACGAGGCUUAAUGCCACAGACAGGAAGCAGCUCUCACAGCAAACAGGAAACAGUCGAGUACAUAAAGCAGAAGAUCAGGGAGAAUCCAUCUCCAGAGAAAUCCAUCAAUCUGUUCCACUGUCUGAAUGAACUGAAUGACCAGACUCUAGUGCAGGAAGCUCAGGUGUACUUGAACAGAAAAGGUUACAGUCGUCUCAGUGGUGCUUGGCUUUCACAUGAUCAGUGGUCAGCUCUGGUGUUUGUGUUGCUGAACUCAGAAGAGGAACUGGAUGUAUUUGAUUUAAGGAACUAUUACAGAUCAGAGGAAUGUCUUCUGAGGCUGCUGCCAGUGGUCAAAGCAUCCACAAAAGCUCUGCUGUGUGGUUGUAAUCUCACAGAAGAAAUCUGUCCAGCUCUGUCCCUAAUUCUCAGCUCCACGUCUUCCAGCCUGAGGGAGCUGGAUUUGAGUUUCAAUAACCUGCAGGAUUCAGGAGCAUGGCUGCUCUCUACUGCUCUGGAAAAUCCACACUGUAAACUGGAGGCACUGCGGCUGGAAAAGUGCGGCAUUACAGUGAAAGGCUGUGAUUAUCUGGCUUCAGCUCUGACGUCAAACCGCUCCUCACACCUCAGAGAGCUGAAUCUGAAUAAUAACGAACCUGGAGAAUUAGCGGUGAAGAUGCUCUGUGAUCUACAGGAGGAUCCACAGUGCAAACUAGAGAUACUGUACAUCGAGAGAGACCCCCUGGAGUUGCAGAAAAGUCACUCUUCACACUCUUCCACUGAGCAGUUCUUUAUCACCAAUACAGACUCACCAGAGUUCUCCCUUUCAAGACGCCGUCGUACUUUUCGACCAGUGUGAAAUAGCCAGAACGUCAACCUGCUGAAUUUCGGAUAACGAAAAUGACAACGGCUGAUCAAAUUUAUUUGUUUAAUCUUGCUAGAAGAAAAGAAAAAAUCAAAUCCUUUCCCAUCUAUACACAGCAGAGACAUCAUCAUAGAGAAUUACUAUACGCAAGACAACAGCUGUUUCUAGCAAUGAUGAAGCUGAUAAUGAAAGCUGCUCAGUGAGAGUAAAUGUUACUUGGUGCAAUUUUUAGUAAUUUAUUUGUUUCUUGGCCGAUGUACAGAUCUGAUGUCGAUUUCGCGCUUACAUCAUUCCGCCUCAAAAAAUCCUCAAAUCCUACCUCACUGGUCUUGAAGUGAAGAAUUUCAACUUGCUUAUGUUGCUGUCAUGAUGAUGAAAUCCUCCCCAGCCCCAUGUCCUGCAAAUCAUUUAAUAAAUAAUAUAUAUUUUUUCAGACCUGAUCUUGUUUUUUUUUUCCUCACUAAAACAUACUAUAUCAACAAAAAUGUUUUCACCUUAUGAUGGAGAGAUUGCUGACAAACCCUGACAAUGCCACAGCCAUCCAUGUCCAGGAAGCCAAGGGAGCAGAAUUGCCCAUGCUCUUUGGGUAUAAUGGGUCUAAUGUAUGCGGAAGAGGGCGGAUAGCGCUUUCCUCCGAGUGUGUUACGUCGCCCUGUGAUGCAGCAUGAGCAGCAGUUUCAAAACAAUGCGACUGGCAGCUUCAGGUAUUUUCGCAGGAAGCACAGCGGGACAAUCUGUAUGUUUUUAAAACAAUGGCAUUUAUUGCUAAAAUGCACUUUUUACAUGAAAAAAGUCACAAGUAGUCAGUACAAGACGAUGUGUAAAUGAACACACUGUCAAAAGUUCACGAGGCA